AUGCUGUUUGCCGGCGCAUUAUCACUGUUGUUCCUGCAUAACGCCGCCGCACAGCGCCAUGAUGCCGAUCUUAUGUCCUUCGUCACCCUCCCCGAGGUGCGAGCCUUGAAAUGGGAAGUCACCCACCACGACCGCACGCGCGCUGCCCCGGGCUACUGGUUCGUGGCACCGUACGGGCAGAUCUCGCCGGAACAUCCCACGCAAAAAUACCAGCAGUACCAGGUUGGACCGUAUAUCUACGAUAAUGAUGGUAUGCUUAUCUGGGCGGGAGCGCCCUUGUACGACAACCGCAAUGUUUUCGACUUCAAGCCUGUUACCAACAUCGACGAAGAGACGCAUUUGUCAUUUAUCGUGUCCUGGGAAAUUGACAGCUCCGACAAGGGUAGUGGGGUGAUCGUGGACAAGAACUAUAAGGUGGAAAAAGAAGUCGGCGUCUUGAAUGACCUGCACGACUUCAACAUGCACGAAUUUAACGUCCUGCCGGGCGGCAAGUCUGCCCUGGCCUGCACGUACCGCAACCAGGUGAUCAACCUAGCGGAUUUCGGUCGCCCGACGGAGGAGAGCUGGAUCGUGACAGGAGGCUUUGUGGAGCUAGACGUGGAAACGAGCGAGGUGCUAGUGCAAUGGGAUUCUUUCGGUAAGAUCGCGCUGCACGAGUCCAACAUGUUCCAUGCCUGGGACUCGCCCCAGGACGCUCCCGGCUGGGACUACGUGCACAUCAACGCGGUCGACAAGAACAUUGCCGGCGACUUUAUCAUUUCUCUGCGGUUCACCAACACGAUCUACGGCAUCUCAGGCGAGGACGGUAGUAUCAUGUGGCGCCUGGGCGGUCCUCAGAAUGACUUCGAUAUGGACUUUGCUUUCUCCAAGCAGCACGAUGUGAAGUUCGUCACGUCCAAUGGCACCCACCACGUGAUUUCGUUCCUGAACAACGCCUCCGACGAGCGCGGCGCCGACGAGAGCGUCUCGGCCGCUCUGUUCGUCGAGAUGGACACCAUCGCCAUGACUGCUCGCGUCAUCAAUCGCAUCAACCGCCCAGACAGCGGCUUGACUCGCCUCCGCGGCAGCGUCCAGCUCCUCCCCAACGACAACGUCUUCGUUGGCUGGAGCGAGCGCGGCUACCAGAGCGAGCACGCGCCCAAUGGCGACCUGCUGAUGACCGCCCGCUUCGUGUCGGAGCGCUAUUCGACCUACCGCUCCUACAAGGGCGAAUUCGUCGGCCGCCCGUCCGCGCCGCCCGAUCUCGUCGCCUCGGUGUACGGCACCAGCGAUGAGGAUGUCACCACGCUGAUCCACGUCAGCUGGAACGGGGCGACCGACGUCGCCGGGUGGAACUUCUAUGCGAAGGCCUACGACCGCGGCUCGUCCGUGUUCAUUGGCCACGCGAACAAGACCAACUUCGAGACUAUGUAUAUCGUCGACGGCUACAUGGACUGGAUCACUGCUGAUGCCAUCGAUAAGGACGGCAAGGUCUUGAGUACCUCGCGGGUGACGCGCAGCGAGAUCCCGACGAAUUGGAAAGGUGUUGGCUUCCUGGGCUCCGCGAAGGGUCCUACGCCGGAUGACCCCUCCCUCAUCGCGGCUGUCACCGAGGGCUCUUCGUCUACAUCCAACGCCAGCUCCGAUAGCGUUGGAAGUACUGACAGCGUCGAUGGUAUGGCCGACAUGGUCAAUGAUCACACCUCCAGUGGCUCCGACUCGGGCUCCAACUCGGGCUCCGAACACAUAUCCUCCUCCUACGCCGAUGCCAAGGAGGUUGCCAAGGCCGUCUACAGGGCAUACGAUGUAAUUCGCGGCGUGGGCGGCCUACUCAUUUUCAUCCUCGUCGCCUGCACCUUGGGCGGUGUGAUCGCAGGCCUGUGGCGCAUGAUCCAAAGCCGCAAGAUGCGCUCGUACCAGCACGUCCCCUCCGAGGAGGGCAUGCCCGUGGAAGAAAUUCAUCUGCGCUCGCAGAGACCGGAGUGA